AUGUAUACUGCAAGUAAUGAAACAAUAGCUGCACCAAAAGUCGUCACAUUCACACCUACCUGCACUCAAAUUAGUACAAUUAAUGAUAUUCAAUCCAUGUCUGAUGGUCAAUAUAUAUCCUUCAUGUGCAAAAUAAUCGAUAUUGGUCCUCUCUCGUAUGAAUCAACGAUAAUAGGAAUAAUUACAUCAAUUGGAUUAGUUGACAAGACUUUUAACUGUCCAAAAUGUUAUUCAACUGAUAUUGAGCGAAAUGAUAAAACAAUUAGAUGUAAUGCAUGUAAAUCAAGAUCAUUAUAUUUAAAACAAUCGAAUCAAAAUCAAAUACAACUGAAUGUUACUGAUGUUAAACAAAAUACAUUUGAAUUUAUUGUUGAUACACCAAAAAUUAUAACUUUAUUACAAGAAUGUAAUCAUCAACAACUUCCUACACAAGAUUUAAUUGAACAAGAAAGUGUCCUACUUGUCUUAUCAUCGAUAACUGUUGUCGUUAAUUUUAAUCCAAUAGAUAAACAUAUAACUAAUAUCGCCAUAAACAAUAACGAAAACUAA